AUGUCUUCCGCGCCCAAGAUCAAGCUGUACACCAACCACGGCUGCCCAUGGGCUCACCGUGCGCACAUCGCUCUCAUCGAGCUCGGCCUCCCCUACGAAGAGGAAAUCAUCGAUCUCGCCGUUCCCCGCACGGAAGAGUACCUCAAAGUCAACCCCCGCGGCCUGGUUCCGUCGCUCUCAUACGACGGCGAGAUCAUCACCGAGUCAGCCGUUGUGGCCCAGUUCCUCGCCGACGCCCACCCUUCGCACCUCCUGCCGGCAUCCAACUCUAAGGACGGCGCCCUCCGUCGCGCCCGCAUCAACUUCUUCGUCGAUGCGUACUUCUCCAAGGCCAAUCCGCUCAUCUUCAAGGUGUACACGGCCAAGUCACCCGCCGAGGUUGACGCCGUCGCCAAUAGCUUCGUCGAAAUUAUUGCGAAGGAGGUUGAGCCUCUCCUGAAGGAUGCUGCGCCCUACUUUGGUGGCAGCGACAAGCCUACUCUGGCUGAGGCUUUGACUGGAUCGUUCACCCUAAGACUCUUCGCAUUCUCCCAGCAUGAGCUGCUCCCGCCGAGCCUCCUUACAUCCCUGGAGAAGAGGACCCCUAAUUUUUACAAAUGGGCACAGACCGUGAAUAAGACUCCCAGUGUUACUCACAUCUGGGAUGAGGAGACGGUCAUUGAGAAGACGAAGUUCAGGAUCGCCAAGCUACGAGGGGCUAGCAAUGGCAACUAG